GAUAUUGUUUGCGCAAAUCGAUGACCCAUUGAUGUUCUGUAUUUUGACAUAUUGACAUUGUACGAAUAUAGCUACCAUUGAUAGUUACUAGCUCAUGGUAAUCAUGGAUAUGUCGAUGGAAGAAAGUCAGUGUAUGCAGAAUACUGAAGAAGGCAGCAAUGAUAUGAAACUAUUGCCUAAUGCCUUUGAGCCCGUUAAACCUCUGGAAAUAUGGCCGUAUUUCAAAAAAGAAGAAUGCAGUCAAGACGUCUCAAAUUCAACACCGAUGUCGGAAAACGUGUUUGUGCCAGACCCGUUCUUGCAUUGUGACGUUGAGAGGCACAAUUGUACAGACGACACAUGCGGUCGGAUUUCAUGGGUUGGCAUAUGCAAAGAAAUGUGUCGGGCAUUUCUUGCGUAUUCUGCCGCUUAUAACCGAAAUAUGUCAUGGAUGCUUUAUAAACUGUUGAUGAUCAUGACCAGGUUGCUUUCAAUGAUUUUGAGCAUUGUUUCUGCACAACUAUUAAGACGACGUAGUGGAGAAGAUCUGAUUGUCGAGAUUCAAUUAAUUCGUUCAGGCUUAGAGUCGAACCCUGGUCCUAGGGAUUGGAUCGCCGAAAUACCGCCUGAAAUGCCCGCAACAGACGAUGAUCUUGCUUACUUGUCCAACUAUAUUGGAAAAGGAUGGCGACAUCUUGGAAGAAAGCUUGGACUAGGUCCUGCAAGAUUGGACCACAUUGAGCACGACUUCCAGCGGGGAGGCAUGAGGGACCAAAUUUUCCACAUGCUGUUGAAGGUGAAAGCUCCGCCGUUGGAAGCAAGCCUGAAAGACAUUCUGGAAACGCUCGAUGUCAUUGAAGCUGAAUUCAGUAUCACGGUUGAAUGGAGCGAGCUUUCACUUCGAUUCAGAGCAAUUCGGCAAAAUCAACUGACAGAACAAGAGAACAAUAUAUUGGCCUUGCAAGCAGAAAACGAGGAACUGAAGACUGAAAACCAGGAACUGAAGGAAAAGUUAGCCUCACUUGAACGCGACAGUGGAGCUCUAAAGAGGUGCUCCGAAGAUGGGGACGCAGCGACUGGGGUUAAAAAGAUAAAACACGAAUAAAUCAUGAAUGCACUUAAACAACAAAGCAAACGUUUCUACAAGACGUAAUAUUCGACAUAUCAAUUCUAAACAUCAUUGUCGACGAAUGGACUAUUUAAGUUUAAAUUAAUAUAUGACAAUUCUAAAUAAAUGUCGUGUUAACACUUACAAAUAUAUUAGAUUUUAUGCGUUAACGUAUAUAUUGGAAACUGUAGACACUUUUAUAAGACUUAAUAUGUAAAUAUAAUUUUUUCAUAUAAUAUGUAUCAUAAAAUGAUAAAAAAACAAACAAACAAAAAAACAUUAUUCUUUUGAAAAUUUCAUUGUAGUUAUGCUCAUAUCAUAUUCGUAGUGUGCAAUGUUUAUUAUACAUAUCUUAAUUAUUAUUAUUAUUAUAUAUAUCAAGCACUUGUUUCACUGUAUUAAUAUCGUAGGCUACAUGAUCGUAUUGUGUUUAUUUUAUGUAUUGUUGAUUUGGGUGUUAUUAUUGUGUAUCAUAUGUAUACAACCUUUCUUCUGCCAAAAUAAAUAUUAU